AUGUCUGAAAAACCCUCUCACAAGAUUCAACUUUAUUCUAAUGAAUUUUAUACAGCAUGUACCCUUGGAGGUAUAGUUGCUUGUGGACCUACUCACUCGAGUGUGGCACCCUUAGAUUUGGUUAAAUGUCGUCUUCAAGUGAAUCCCGCUCUUUACAAGUCGAAUCUUGAUGGCUGGAAGUCCAUCAUCAGAAAUGAAGGUUUCAAAAAAAUCUUUACUGGUAUUGGUGCAACUUUUAUUGGAUAUUCGUUACAAGGUGCUGGUAAAUAUGGUGGUUAUGAAUACUUCAAACACUUCUACACCAAUAAUGUCGUGAGCCCCGAUCUGGCCAAACGUCAUUUAACUAGUGUGUACCUAUGUGCAUCUGCAACUGCCGAAUUCUUGGCGGAUAUCAUGCUAUGUCCCUUCGAGGCCAUUAAGGUCAGACAGCAGACGACUAUCCCUCCGUUCUGCAACAAUGUUUUCCAAGGUUUGUCCAAGGUUUACAGUAUGGAAGGUCUGUCGGGUUUCUACAAGGGUAUAGUGCCUCUAUGGUGUAGACAAAUCCCUUAUACGAUGUGCAAGUUUACAUCUUUUGAAGAGAUUGUUCAAGCCAUUUAUAGAAGAAUCCCCACGCCAAAGGAGCAAUUGUCAUCGUUAUCACAAAUUUCCGUUAGUUUCCUGGGUGGUUAUCUCGCUGGUGUUCUCUGUGCAGUUGUUUCCCAUCCCGCUGAUGUUAUGGUUUCGAAGAUCAACUCUGAAAAGAAAGAAGGAGAAUCAAUGAUCCACAGUUCCAAGAGAAUUUACAAGGCUAUUGGAUUCGGCGGAUUGUGGAAUGGGUUAAUGGUCAGAAUAGUGAUGGUUGGUACUUUGACAUCAUUCCAAUGGUUAAUUUACGAUUCAUUUAAAGUCAAAAUUGGAUUACCAACGACAGGUUAA